ACUGCGGGUCGGGAUAUAACUCUGUGACAAGACAUUCAAAUAUCUUGUUUAAGGAAUAAAUUUCAUGGAAAAGAGUUGUUUUCCUUUUCUGCAGGAGUAACAUGAAAUGCAGUUUUAUCCCUGUGCUUUUGGAGAGAAUAAACUGAUGAAAUGGCAUGUUCACUGAUUCACAUGAGUCUUGCUGUGGGUGUUUUAGUGGUUUUGAUGCAGUUUCCUACUGGAAAAGCUGAGCCUUAUUUUGAGGAAGAGAAGAGGUCUUGUCAAGGUGCUUUCGACUUAUAUUUUGUCCUCGACAAGUCAGGAAGUGUCAAAAACCACUGGAUUGAAAUUUACUCCUUUGUGGAGCAUCUUGCAGAGAAAUUUAUAAGCCCAAUGUUACGGAUAUCCUUCAUUGUGUUCUCAACUCACGGAACAACAGUUAUGAAACUCACAGAGAACAGAAAUGAAAUUACGAGAGGCUUAAAUGUUUUGAAGAGAGAAAUACCAGGAGGUGAUACAUAUAUGAAUCUUGGAUUGAAACAGGCAAAUGAGCAGAUAUAUCACGGAAAUUAUGGGACAGCCAGUGUGAUCAUAGCACUGACGGAUGGGGAGUUAAAUGACUAUCAGUUUGUCACAGCACAGCAAGAGGCGCAGAGAGCUCGGUCUUUGGGAGCUAUUGUAUACUGUGUGGGUGUAAAAGACUUCAACCAGACACAGCUGGCCACAAUUGCAGACACCAUAGAGCAUGUGUUCCCUGUAAUUGGAGGAUUCCAGGCCCUUGAAGGAAUGAUAGACUCUAUCAUCAAGAAAUCCUGCAUUGAGAUUUUAGCAGCCGAGCCGUCCAGUGUAUGCGCUGGAGACUCUUUCCAAGUGGUUGUGAGGGGAAAUGGAUUUUUGCAUGCCAGAAACAUUAAUCAGGUCCUGUGCAGCUUCAGAGUGAAUGACACAGCUACACUGAAUGAAAGACCUGUCAGUGUUGAAGAUACGCUCCUUCUUUGCCCUGCACCAAUCUUAAAUGAGGCUGGAAAGGUGAUAUAUCUGCAGGUUAGCAUGAAUGAGGGUUUGUCCUACAUCACAAGCUCAGUGCACAUCACCACUACUGAAUGUUAUGAUGGAACCAUCCUGCUCAUCUCGUUACUGGCUGUUUUCCUAUUGCUGGGUCUGGUGCUGAUGUGGUGGUUCUGGCCUCUGUGCUGUACAGUGGUCAUCAAGGAAGUGCCUCCAGCCCCUCCCCCUGAGCCUGAACCCGAUGAUGAAGAUGGCAUGCCCAAAAAGAAAUGGCCUACAGUAGAUGCAUCCUACUAUGGAGGAAGAGGAGUCGGUGGAAUCAAAAGAAUGGAGGUGCGUUGGGGGGACAAGGGCUCCACGGAGGAAGGAGCUAAACUGGAGAAGCCAAAGAAUGCUGUAGUGAAAAUGCCUGAAGAUGAAUAUGAGCCUUAUGAACCUAAACUCAGAAAUUUGUAUGGGCGCAGACCUGCCCAUCAUAGAAAGUGGUACAGUCCUAUUCAGGGGAAACUGGAUGCUUUGUGGGCCCUUUUCCGUCGAGGAUACGACCAGGUGUCACUCAUGAGACCUCAGCCUGGAGAUCAGGUACAAUGA